AACCGUUGAAUAACUGGAACUAGUCUUCUUUUUCGAAAGUUCUUGUUUUUAUACAAGUAAAAGUAGUUUUUCUACUCAAACUCAUAAAUAAUGUAAUUCAAGAGUUGCCAACAAAUGCUCAGAAACUUAAAGAACAAUCAGAAACGAAAGGCGACCAACGUCGUAGACUGUCAAAAAAAAUAUGACAGUAAAAACAAAUCUGAAGUGGGUGGAAACUGCGAGUUGUGAGACGGAAGCCUCAUAAACUAGUAGCAAUACGGGCGAGACAUAUUUUCGCGCCGAACUGAUGUAUAUACACACACAUAAGCACACAGCCUGUACAAGACAAACAGCAUUUACGUAAAUGAGCGACUCAAACGACGCGGAGUCAAUUACAUCGGCCGACAAAAUUCGUCGGAGAAAGAGCAAAAAAAACACAGACAAAAGCAAUGACAUUUAUCUAAUUACGAGAUCGCGAUAAGGGCGCGUGAGGGGUGAGAAGGAGGAAAUUUGAGGAGGGCAGGGGAGGUGCAGGACUGGAUGCUGUGCCGCAGUCGGCUGGAGGCAUCCGGGCCAUUCGCACGUCUCGACGUCUAGCAUUUCGCAGUCGAUCUCGUUGCGAAUAAAAUAUUUUCGUGGAUAUCGUGCGUACUGAAAUCGGCUGAUGGCUUCGUAUGUGUUGCGAGUAAUUAAAAGUUAGGUUGGUGAUAAAAUGGAAUAAUGUUUGAGUAAAAAUGUGAAAUGUACAGUGAAGGAAAAAGUUUUUGCUGUGUUACGGAUAUUUAGUUUUUAGUUUUCAAUAUGCCAGUACUUCUAGUUUUUGGACUUUUUGUGGUGAUUGCCACGGCCCACAACAUCACGUUCCUGGAGGUGCCGCAGUAUGGGGACCCGCACCAGGAGGCCAGCCUGGUCUGCCACUACGUCAGUGAGCCGGGCGACCCGGACCUGCACUCCGUCAAGUGGUACAGGGGCAGCAACGAGAUAUUCCGAUUUACACCAGGACAACAGCCUCCAACGAGAACCUUCAACUCCACAGCGGGUGGUGUCUCCCGGGGUAACUGCAACCUUCACAGUUGUACCAUCAGUGUGGUGCUCCCUAGAAACUACAACACGAGGCUCUCGUUCACGUGUGAGGUGUCCACUGAAGGCCCAAGGUUCGCUGUUGUCAAGCAAACCAAGAAUUUAACAGUUGCUGUAACGUUGAAAGAAGACCCAGUGAUAAUGGGCGUGCCCGGCACAGUGCAGCUGGGCGAGGAUGUCAUCCUGAAUUGCACGACACAGCCGGCGAUGCCGCCCGCCAACAUCGUGUGGUUCAUAGAUGGAAGAGCAGAAAAAACAGAGCCAUGGAUGGUGAACAACACUCAAGUAUCGUCAGCCAACAACUUUGGGCUGCGGUCGAGCUGGCGGUCCCUACGACUGCGAGUUUCCUCAGUCAAGGGUUUCAUGGCCUUACGCUGUGAGGCCACACAACCCACCUGGCCUCCGUACACGAGGGUCACGAACGCAACCCUCGUGAUCGCGAGGUCACCGCAUUUGUCUAUGUUUACUGCUGCAGGUUCAAAUUCUGCAGCGUUCGAAGCAACAGUACUGAUAUUAGCGACGUGCAUCUCAGUACAUAUAUUUUCUAAAUACAGUGCCUUGAGUGAAGUUUAAUCGAAGCUGUAGGUAACAGCUUAAGUGUCGAGCAUCUAGAAUAGUUAGAUAUGAAUUUUAUCACGUACUAUGUUUACACGCCAAUUUGAAAAAGCAGAAGACGCGAUUAAAAUCUUAAGAAUAUUUUGCCACCGAACAAAAAGUUAAGUAUUGAAAGUUAAAAUUUUCAAUUAAAAAAAGGAUUUUCUGUUGUUGUUGGUUAUGCACAAAAAAAAGUUUUUUUCUCAGCUUAUGAUUCUGUCAGAUCGUUACGAAACCACUUUGCGAUGUAAAACGUCUCUUCUAACAGUAAAUAGCACAAUUAUGUACGGACUGAGACGUUGUUAGCUUGAAAAUCAUAAAAGCUACUGAAAACACCCCCUAGUGCUUCUAAAAGUACUUGCUUGAUGACAGCAAUCGUCAUUUACAGUAAAAACAUCACUACUGCGGGUGAUUUGUCAUUCCGCUUUUUCUCCCAACUAUAUCUUGAAAUAACAUUCAGGUAGCCGGUUUCCAUUUCAUCGCAGAUAAAAUAUUCAAAUAGCAAAUUAUGAAUAUGUAUCGUACAUACAUUUUUCAUACUAUACACGGAGCAUCAAAGAGUCCAUAUCAAUUGUAUUCUUGUAAAUACAUAAUACGAACAAUCGAAGGAGCAUUCAGCGAUCUUUUAUUUCCGUUCACCAUCCAAUAUUUAUGAAAGCCUGGUACAUAGUACAAUCAAAUGCGAAUCUCUUUUGGCGUGUAAACAUUUGUAUUAUUCCGUAGCUAUAUUUCUGUCGUUUAUGUAAAAAUUACAAAAUGGCUGCGAGGCGCUUGGUUAUACGUUUCAGUUAUGUUUUUACCUGUGCGUAAAAAGAAAAUUAUAUUUACCGCUUUGAUUUUAUUUUUCACAUAUGUGACGGUUAAAAUAAUCAUGAUUUAAAAAGAGAGUAAGAUUUUAAUUGUUUUUGUUUGUUUCAUUUUAAGCUCCCGUCAUAAUGGAAAACUGUUGCAAAACGAAAACUUUAACAAAAUGUGUCGCAUUCACAAAAAUAGUACCAGGGCAACAUGACUAAACAGAGUAAAACAUCACAUUUCAAAUAUGUAUAUUUGAGUUUACACCGUCCGACGGUCCGUUACAGCUUUUGCAACGGUGCUGGGAAUUCGAGCCUUGAAUCCUUUUGUCAGGCCCAAUAAGCUUUUAGAGCACUUUGACCGUACUGUUUUACUCGCAAUAACGCGCUGUUUUCUGUUAUCACGUUUAUAUUUGAUGUCGAGUAUCUUUUCAUAGGGGGAUGGGAUAUAAUAUAACAGAAGGAAUUGGAGUUUCAAGUUCUGCGCUUGUUUUCUCUCAAGAAUUCCUUUGUAAAAUGUUUACUAGAUAGGUACGGAAAUAUUGCUCAGUUAAUAUAGGUCUGUUAGGGGUCGAGUCACAAUAUUAAAAAGAGAUUUUUGUCAAAAUAAAUGUAAAUGUUUGCUAAAAACAUAGUAAAGUGACAGAAAAUGGCUACGGAACGUGAUAAUUGUAAUAAAAAAUGUCGUAAAAAAUUAAAUAUUAUUAUAAAAUCAAUUAUUCUAUAAAUAGCAAGCACUGAAUUUCGAUGUUUUAUGUCACAAAAGAAUAAAAAUUUGUAAUAUUUACAUAUGUUGGAAAGGGGCUGAUGCGAAUACGAUUAAGUUAAUGUAAUGUACAGUCUAAGGCGGGAAGUGUCGUGUUGACAGUUAAGCGUUUAACUUAACCGGUUUGUUCGUAUAAGUUGCAGCAUUAAGUUUUAAGGCUAUACACUAAGUGCAUGGGUUUACAGUUAGACUACACAGAUAACUUAUAACUACGUACCGAGUAAAGUUUACGUUCAUGGGAAUAGUGUGUAACUCGCUUAAUCUCGGCCUUGUAUUGGUUGCAAAAGUUUCAACUGGUCUCGUGUUGACAUGUUUCAUAUAAUUUGUGCGCACGCCUAUAGAUAAUGUUUUUGUAGUACACAAACUUCUUUGGAUGACCGAAGAUUACCGCCUGGAAUUUAUGUUAAUCCUGGUACUUCGUAGUUUCUGCCCGUGCAUUCUCGAGGUGGAAACGUUGGAAUAUUCAUAAGGAACUUAGUGCUACUAUUUUAUUUAUUAUCGCCAGUGGCCAUCCUGCCAAGUAAGCUCUCUAAACACGCUGAGGUACGUAGUUUAUUCCUAAGUCCUAUUUACAUUUCCCUGUGAUAUUUCGUGUUUUGUAUUUUUGUACGGCCGCCAUCUUGCCGCGAGCUGUCAACACGGAACUGUCAAAUUGUUGUUAGAAUACAUGUUAUAAUAUGAAUUGUUUGUACGUUGUUUAGUUUUAUGCAACGAAUUUAUUACUUUAUACUCUUUGCUUAUUUUUGUAUCCUUGUAAUUGUUUAUACUUGCCAGAGUAAGGAUUGUAAAGGAACUUUCUGUCUGAUUUCUGUGAGAAUGAAUGCUGCAAUGUAAUUCUGGGGUGAAUGACGUCAUCAAAAGCAAAUUCCAAACAAUUUGAAAGAAGAGCAAAAACCAAUCUCUCGUAUUGUUUUAGAUCAGUGUCAAAAAAAUAAAUACGAUAAAAUGUUUGUUUUAGUCUUCUCUAGU